CAUUCUACGGAAGUGACGAACGCAGUGUUCCGCCGCUGUCAAGGGCACUGAAAACUAAUGUUAGUCAAACCUAGCAGUAGCUAGCUGUCCGCACGUGCAUUUAAAAAGAUCAAUAAAGCUACAGUUGUCGGUAACGACUCCGGUAAAAAAUGGACGGGUUCAAUUCAGACUUCUCAGCAGGUGGAUCCGGUGGGAAAGUGGACACCGGAACGAUCAUGGAGCAAGUCAAGGUCCAGAUCGCGGUGGCUAACGCACAGGAGCUGCUGCAGAGAAUGACAGACAAAUGCUUCAAGAAGUGCAUAGGUAAACCUGGGAGCACGCUGGACAACUCUGAGCAGAAAUGUAUUGCCAUGUGUAUGGACCGGUAUAUGGAUGCCUGGAACACUGUGUCCAGAACAUACAACUCCAGAUUACAGAGGGAAAGAGCUCGCAUGUGAACAUGCUGCCCUUCACCCUUCCCUAUCCUCGGGCUGUUGCUUACAGUGAAGAAGAGCGCAGUGCUGCCACUGAAGGCAGGGGCUGGAGCCGGAGCCGGAGCUGGGCAGAGUUGUGUCGAGGCAGCAGCCCACCACCACCAUCAUCAUCGUCACAAUACCUCACAGACGGGCAAGCUGAGCCUGUGGACUCCAGCCAUAACGCUGUGUCUUUGGUCAUUUUCAUUUUGCUCUUAGGAACAGUUCGGUAACAACGUUUGAUUAAUAUUUUUCAGAAUUGACUUUAUUGUAAUUGUAAGUACAUACAACAAAAUUAAUUAGGAAUAAUUAAGCGUCUGCUUAACAAGUUGUCAGGUUCAAAACCUUGAAUAGAAGCACACACGGACACAGACUUUGUCUUUAUGCUUUGCAAAGGGGAUUAGCAACUGAAAUCAUUCAGUAGUCUUCCGAAAUUGCUCUUCCCCUGCUCUGCCUUUUUAUUGAAGCUGAACGCAUGGGAGUUAACACAUUGUAUGUCUUGUAUAACCUUGCACAGUACACAUUGUUUCUUUCUUACAAUAGGACACUAUUACUGGGCUUAACUCUGAAUUGCCCGGGAGGGAACAUAAGUGUGAAUGUGUCUGUAAGUCCGUGCGAGCCCUGUGAUUGUCUGGCAACUUGUCUAAGGCGUACCCCAUGUGCAGUGCAUGCUGGAAUAUGUUUCAACCCUUUGUGAACAGGAUAAGCAGUUAGAAAAUUCAAAUGUACAUUUGCAA